AUGGACCCGGAUGUUUCUAACCGGAAUGAGUCUCGGGUCGAUUGUUCUGCGCAGGGACACUCUGAAUCGAGACGCGAUUCAUCCGAUUGCGGCGGCGGCGGUGGGGCGAGGUAUAAGCUGAUGUCUCCGGCGAAACUCCCGAUCUCCAGAUCGACUUGCAUCAAUAUUCCUCCUGGUUUAAGUCCGACCUCGUUUCUGGAGUCUCCUGUGCUUCUCUCCAACAUCAAGGCAGAACCUUCCCCUACUACUGGUUCAUUGUUCAAGCCUCAGGCAGUUCAUGCUAAUUCGAGCUCCUAUAACACAGCAAGAACAAUCCAUCAGAAUAUCUUAGACGAGCAAAAGUCCAGCGAAUUUGAUUUUAGACCUCCUGCAUCCACUAUGUUCUAUGCAGAGCAUAGAAAUGAAGCGCCGCUUCAGUUUCAAAGCCAAGGCCACAGUUUCAAGUACUCGCCGACUUCAGCCUCUGAGGCUGUUGCUUCCUCGAGUGAGAUAAGCCGACAAACUGUUCCUCAUCAGACAACACCAUCAGUCUCCGAGAGAUCUGAGCCAGAUGAAUCAAUCCAGGCAUCUCAAAACGAUUCCAGAGGAAGUGCACCGCCGGUCUUGGCUGAUGAUGGCUAUAACUGGAGAAAAUACGGUCAGAAGCACGUCAAAGGAAGUGAGUUUCCAAGGAGCUAUUAUAAAUGCACACAUCCUAACUGUGAAGUGAAAAAGCUGUUCGAGAGGUCCCACGACGGACAGAUUACGGAGAUUAUAUACAAGGGAACGCAUGAACAUCCUAAACCCCAACCUAGUCGCCGGAACUCAGGUGGUUUUGUUAUACCGGCACAAGAAGAAAGACUCGACAAGUAUUCUUCUUUAAAUGGCCGCGAUGAGAAGGGAUGUAGCUUAUACAACUUGUCUCCUCCUGUCGAGCAAAACGGUAAUCCAGAUGUAUCUCCUGUCUCUGCAAAUGAAGAUGGUGGAGACGUUGCAAUGUCAAAUCGGAACAACGAAGACGGGGACGACAGUGAUCCGUUCUCGAAACGAAGGAGGUUGGAUGGGGCCAUGGAAAUAACUUCACUUGUUAAACCCAUAAGAGAGCCUCGCGUCGUUGUUCAAACUCUGAGUGAAGUUGACAUCUUGGAUGAUGGGUACAGGUGGCGUAAAUACGGGCAGAAAGUUGUAAGAGGCAACCCGAACCCCAGGAGCUAUUACAAAUGCACGGCUCCUGGAUGCCCAGUGAGAAAACAUGUGGAGAGAGCGUCGCACGAUCCAAAAGCUGUCAUAACCACAUACGAAGGCAAACACAAUCACGACGUACCAACCGCAAGGUCUAACAACAACAGCAGCAACAACAACCAUGACAUGAUAGCACCCAGAUUCAGACAAGAAGAGACCUCUGACACGAUCAGCCUCGACUUGGGUGUUGGAAUCGCAUCUGGCGGUCCUGACCAUACUACAUCAAACGAGCAUUCGCAUUCGCAUCAGCAACAACAACAACAUCAUAUUCGUUCUGAGUUUGUAAACCAAACUCAAACCAAUGGAGAUGCUGGAUUCAGGUUUGUUCAUGGACCUCCCAUGGGAUCCUACUAUGCUAAUAGCUUAAACGCCGGUAUGAAUCAUCAAUACAACGGCUCGAGAGAAACCGGAAACGAGGCUCAAACAGGUGACAUCUCGUCCUCUUACCCGUAUCCGCAUAACAUAGGGAGAAUACAAUCUGGUCCCUAG